AUGUCACCUCUUCAACCAGCUCCGCCAGAACUAGAAGCAGAGGUCUCCGAGAAACUCGGGGCCAUACUCCAGCGGCAUUUUCUCCUACCAGUGCACGUCACCAGGGUGUAUCCCAUGGCUGGCCACCUACACUCCCUCUAUCUGGUCCGGUUAUCGAAUGAAACUCACGUUCUGUUGAAGUGCGCACCGAGGCCCACAACACCGCUUCUCCGCUGGGAGCAUGUCUCGCUGGAAACAGAAGCCCGGGCUCUUUCUCUCCUAAAUCAAAGCACACUACCAUAUACUCCACUGCUUCUCCAUUAUGAUCCGUUGGGGACUUUGCUGGGACCCUCGUGCCUCGUACGACAUCAUAUUCCAGGGUCCACGCUGGAAGAAAUAGAGACUCAACUUACCUCGCAAGAAAAAAAGGCCAUUGACAGGAGUCUAGGGCUCCUAGCAAGGCGAAUGGGACAGCACAUCUCCGACUCCUUUGGAUCCCUCGGACAAGUGGCGGCAGGGGGUGGGAAACGGUCCUGGAGGGAGGCGUUUCUCAUCCUUCUCGAGGGUAUACUUCGUGACUCGGAGGAUGUCUUCGUGAACCUUCCAUACGCUGAGAUUAGACAUCGUGUUAGCUGGCUGUCACCCGCACUUGACGAGGUCGUUCUUCCGCGACUCGUGAUGAUCGACUUUGGCCAACCGUCACAGGUCCUUGUUGACCCGGAUAGUAAACGGUUGUGCGGGAUUUCCGGGUUUGGCAAUGCAGUCUGGGGCGAUUUAUUUAUGGCCAAGCUUUUCGACCGACCGUCUGCUGCUAUGUUAGACGGGUUUGGGUCUAGCGAUUCGAAAGCCCAGUUGUCAAGGGUUCGACAACUCCUAUACUCUUGCUAUCGCUCCAUCCACCAAAUCACCUCGCAGUACUAUCGGAACCAUCGAAAUUCGACCGCUGAGAUCGAUGCAAGGAGGCAACUCAUGACGACGCUGGGGGAAAUGGCAGCCACGUGA